AUGUCGAAGAUAAAAGUUAUGUUUUGUAUAAUUAAAGUUCAACCGCAGGAGUUUCAACAACAUAUUGAAGUGAAAGAUAGCGACGCUUCACAUGGUUUCAUGCCUUUAAAACCACUGGAACUGAUCAUUCGAAGCAUGUUAAAUCGUCAAUUUGGACUAUUCAGUGGUAUCAUUAGCCGCAUUUGGUGA